AUGAGCACCAGCGACAAGGAGAGGCCCCCCCAGCUGCUCUUCGUGAAGGCCUUGGCCAGCAGGGGGCGGAUCGAGGCCAUCGCCCAGCAGAUGGGCUACCACCCACACUACCUGGACAGCUUCCUCCGCCUCCAGCAUUACCUGCUGCACAUGGACGGGCCGCUGCCCUUCGACUGCCGCCACUUCAUCGCCAUCAUGGCCGCUGCCCGGCAUCGAUGUCGGUACUUAGUGAAUCUCCAUGUGCUGCAGUUCCUGCGGGUGGGCGGCGACCCCCUGUGGCUGAGAGGGCUGGACUACAUACCCCCCAAACUCCGCCGGCUCAGUGAGAUCAACAAGGUCUUGGCCCACCGGCCCUGGCUGGUUUGCAAGGAGCACAUUGAGAAGCUGCUGAAGAUCAGUGAGCAGAGCUGGUCACUGGCCGAGCUGGUCCACGCAGUUGUGCUUCUCGCCCACUACCACGCCCUGGCCAGCUUCGCUUUCGGCUGUGGCUGUGAGCAGGACCUCGGCCCAGAGGGACGGGGUUCCCUGAAGCUGGGCCUCCCGGGGAGCGUCUGCUUCUGUGACGUGGGCAACGGCUGCAGCCAGGAGCUGCUGCACCUGAACCGCAAACGGUCCUUGGAUUCCUGCGUGGAGCUGGAGUCUCUUCGGGAGCGUGUCCACCGGCUGCAGGUGGGCAGUGAGGCUCGGGAGGAGCUGCGGCUGCCUGCCCAGCGGGAAGAAGGCUUCGAUGGGGAGUUCUUGGGGGCCGCAGACCUUUCCUGCUAUGUCCUGGAUCCCAGCUUUGGCUACCAGGAGUUUGCACAGUGCAGUGAGGACCAGCCCCAGAUCUUCCGUGUGCAGGAUUAUUCCUGGGAAGACCAUGGCUUCUCGCUGGUGAAUCGGUUGUAUUCCGACAUUGGGCAUUUGCUGGAUGAAAAGUUCCGUAAGGUCGACAGUCUUCACAGCUGCUCGAUGGCCAAGCGGCAGGGCUGUGAGCACGCCACCUUCAAGCGGGGCAUCUGGAACUACGUCCACUGCAUGUUUGGCAUCAGAUACGAUGAUUAUGACUAUGCAGAGGUCAACCAUCUCCUGGAACGGAUCCUCAAGCUGUACAUCAAAACUGUGACUUGUUCUCCAGAGAAGAUGGAUCCCCAGAUGUUUGAGCGCUUCUGGAAACAGUUCAAGCACAGUGAAAAGGUCCAUGUGAAUCUGCUGAUCCUGGAGGCCCGGCUGCAGGCAGAGCUGCUCUAUGCCCUCCGUGCCAUCACGCACUACAUGGUCUCUUAGGCCACGGGGGCCACCUGGACUUGGCUGGCUGUGCUCUGGCAGUGGCCCCUCCCCAUGUUUACUUGAUACCCUCUCCUUUCCCUUCAAGAUGUGAAAAGCCGGGC